AUGCGGGCGGGGCGGUGGGGCGGCCCCUUCCCCGCCGGGCGGGGGCAGGACCCUGCUCGGAGCGCUCGCGGCCCGGGCCCCAAAAAAAGGCCGAGGGGCCCGCGCGCGGGAGCCGCCGAGGCGAGCCCGGCGCGCGCAGGGGAGGGGCGGGGCGGGGCGGAGGGAGGGCUGUCUAGACCCGGCGGGGCCGCGGCGCCGGCCCCCAGCCCGGGCGGACGCUGCGGGCCCCCCGAGCGCGUGUGGGCGGCUUCUCCCGGGCCUCGGCCCCGGCGGCCGCCCGCGCCCGCGCCGCCGUCGCCGCCGCCGCCCGCCAGCCUGGACCCCGAGCCGCGGCUGGCGGGGGGUGCCCCCGGGACCCCGCCCGGCGGGCCCGUGUCCCCCGGCGCGCUGGCGGCGCCCGCGCCCCCCGGCUCGCCCGCGUCCCCCGGCUCGCCCGCGUCCCCGGGCUCGGCGCAGCGCACGCCCUGGAGCGCGCGCGAGACGGAGCUGCUGCUGGGCACGCUGCUGCAGCCGGCCGUGUGGCGCGCGCUGCUGCUGGACCGCCGCCAGGCGCUGCCCACCUACAGCCGCGUGUCGGCCGCGCUGGCCCGCCAGCAGGUGCGGCGCACGCCCGCGCAGUGCCGCCGCCCCUACAAGUUCCUCAAGGACAAGGUCCGCGACGCGCACGGCCAGCCGCCCGGGCCCUUCGACGCGCAGAUCCGCCAGCUCAUGGGGCUGCUGGGCGACCACGGGCGCAGACGCGGCGGCCGCCGCCGCUCCCCCGGGCCCGGGCGCCCCCCGCGCCGCCGCCCGCCGCCCGCCGCCCGAGACCCCGACGCGGACCCCGCCUGGACGCUGAGGUUCAGCCCGUCCCCGCCCAAGUCUGCGGACGCGCCCCGCGCCCCCGGCUCCCCGACGGCCCUCUCCGCCUUCGGCCCCGCGCCCGGCAGCCCGGAGGACCCCGAGCCCUUCCGCGCCCCCGGCUCCCCGCCGCCGUCCCCCGUCCCCGCCCGGGAAGACCCCGACUCGCCGGCCGGCAGCCUGGAGCACCACGCGCCCCCGCCGUCCGCGCCGCCGUCGCUCAACGCCGCCCUCCUGCAGACCCUGGGGCACCUGAGCGACAUCGUGUCCGUCCUGGGGCCGCUGCGUGACCAGCUGCUGACCGUGGAGCAGCUGCGCGGCUCCUUCGACCAGACCGUGUCCCUGGGCGUGGGCUUCAUCCUGGGCAGCGCCGCCGCCGAGCGGGGCGUCCUGGCCGACCCGAGCCAGUGA